CUUUAAUUCAACCACUGUAUAAAUUUGAUAUGUAUAGCCCACCGAACAGAAUAUGCAGUUUUAAAAUUUUCAUUCUUAUGACCGUAAGAAAUAUGACAAAACCAUGCGUGAAUUGUAAUAUGGAAAACACUGUAAGUGAAUUCAAAAGGUAGCACUUUCAAAAUAUAUCUACUGAAAAUAAUGUAAUUCAAAGUGUGGACGUCAUGUGUUGGCUUCAUAGAUUGGAUCACUCUCGGUGCUAAUGCAUCAUGCGCACUCCAAUUAAUUACGUUGAGUGAUUAACCCUCUUAUGAAAUCGUACUACGCUAAAACGCGAACCUUAGACGACUUUUGACACCGAUGAUGCGCGUGCUGUGUCUGAUAGGUUUUGGUCUUGUGGCGACCACACUGGGAUGGCCCUCAUUUAAUGACCACAUACCGAACGGGGACACGGUCCCAAACCCGUGUAACCCCUCCUUGGUGUGGAACGGGGUGGGGCAUCUUGGCCCCCAUGGAUCGGGACCCAGGAAUCAGUUCGGACAUGAUUUUAUGAAUUUCAACAAGAAAUGGAGCGACAUCUGCCGUCUUGAUUCGGACGGGGAUGGGAGAUACAACGGACUGGAACUUGGCGAUCCGAACUGUUUAUGGUCUACCACUAACAGAAACCUGACCCUCCCGGCUUUCUCGCACCCAGGCGUCUGUGAACCUUGGGACAGUCCUGUUUGCAGGUCUAUGAACGCUUCCUUGGACUGCGAGGCCGACAAAGUGUCCACCAAGUGUGACCAAAUAGAUGAACCAGGAGUGCAGAAGUACGAUAUGUUCCUCAAUAAUUACUCCAUACCGCUAAACGAGUGGAGCUUUGUUUGUCGAAUUUUCGAUUUACCAACACACGCAGACUUCCACGUCAUAGCAUCCAAACCAAUCAACCACCACCAUUCUCUUUUGAAGAAAGUGGCGGUUUAUGGUUGCAGUCCAGAUAUGACACCUAUUACAAGACAAGGGGUUUUCGAAUGUUCUUCAAUCAUCGCCAAACCUUGUCAAAGUCUGAUUGCAAUAAUGACCCCUGACCAACUAGACCAAGGAAACUGCUUUCCACGGGACGUAGGACUCCAGAUAGGCAAAACGGGCUUCAAGCAAGUUCUGAUGAAGUGGACAUUUGUGAACCCAACAAAGGAGCAAUCCACAACAGAGGCUGGAAUGUCACUUUAUAUCACCCAGAACCUGCAGAAGUAUAAUGCUGGAGUCGCCAUCCUGGAGGAGACAUAUUUCAGCUUGCCGGGAAACCUUCCUAGUUACUCAGUGUCGUCUGCUUGUCCAAGUUCUUGCACACAACUCCAGAUGAGAUCACCUGUUACAAUCGUGGCGGGAGUCAACGUCAUGAGACAUUUUGGAGUUAAGCAGCAGGUUGAUGUUGAAAGAAAUAACCGGAUCUACAAUUCUAUUACAAAAGACACCCACUACAACGUCUUAGACCCAACUGUUUUCUGGUACACCACACCUGUGCCAGUUUUGCCUGGGGAUAUGUUGAAACUGACCUGCGAAUACAACACCAUGAAUGAACGUAAUGCAGUCACCUGGGGAAUGGGGCCCAAUCAGGAAUUGUGUAAAACCAUUCUCAUCUAUUACCCGAAAGAAAAUUGGGACGACCAUCACUGUGAAAGCUUUAAAAACAUACCACUCUGUGCCCUAGAAAUAGGUGAAUCUGUAUUUGGGUGUACAUACACCGGGUUCAUGAAAGCUUUAGUUUCUAAUCCUCUAUACGACAUGGCAAAAUGUGCGCAAUCAGCGACGUGUACCGACGAGUGUCUGCAGCAGACGAGAGCUGCACGCGGGACGCAUUGUCUGUCUGGUGAUAUGUACGAGCUGUGGAAACUCAUGGCCAGGUCACUUAAAAAUGAAAAUUUGGUUACUCUGUACAAGGCACUGGUAACUUGCGAGGAGCGUUACACCACCUCCUUAUUUGAGGAAAGGUCUCAACGUGGCAGACGACAUAACUGAAAUUGUGUCACUCUUUAUGAACAUUGUGCCAUUUAACUUGAUAGUGGAAUAAUAACACUUGAUGCACCUAAUAUUUCAUGCAUACAUUUCCAAAACUCUUGUUGUGUAAUUUUGAGACAUUAUGAUAAAAAAUUGCUUUUAAACAUGCACCUCCCUCUCCAAAUAUCAAAACACCAAAUAAGAUCUCUGAAUAUUUGCGAUUACAUGCUAUGUAUAUACCGUCAGUUAUUUUACAUGCAUUUGUGGUACUCAGCAUAUGUCUGUACAUAUUUUUAUAACCAUGUCUGCCUACUGCUUAUCUACCGCUAAAAAUACAGCAACAACAAAAGAAAUAAGCACCUGAAAAUUAUCAAUUUAUUGCGUGUUACAUGUGAAUGUGGACCUCUAGAAUGAAAGGAAAAAAAAUAACCAGAAACUCUUCUCCAGUUCACUUAUUCAGGGAUCACAGCAUAAUCACAGACACAGCCUUGAUUGUCCUCACUGAGUCAGUCAACAGCAUGUAGACCUUUCACCUUUGCACAUCGUUGAUUUUUUCACCUUUGCUUAUCGUUGAUUUUUUCACCUUUUGAUGGCCGACUUUCUGGACUGCCACAUAUCAAACUUUCUGCUUGCUGCCAACAGAAGUUCCUCCAUAUGACUAGUCAUCUGUCAAAGAACAAACUAAUCAAUUAUGCAUUGAAUUACAUAGUUUUCUGUCUAAUUCCUGAAAUUAGAACUUUUAUUGUUCAUAGAGAUUGUCAUUGACCUGCAGCAAUAUACUUUUCUGACAUCAUUAUUUGAAACUGAUAGGGACAAAAUUAUAAAGAAGUAUGUUUUCCCAUAUAUACAAAUUCUACAUUACAUGUAUCCAAAUGUUAAAUAUCCCAUGUACAUAUCCCGCAUUAUAUAUACGUGUAUUUACAUCUCCAAUGUUGUUGCCUUUGAUAUAUAAUAACCAUUUCCUCAU